AUGAUUCUUAUAAAUAAUUCUCUUUUAUCAACAACAACAACAACAACAACAACAACAACGUCUGUUGAUUUAUAUCUAAAUUCAACAGUAGAGAUUAAUAAAACAUCGUCUUUCAGUAUAAUUCUAACUAUUAUUAUUCUUUCAUGUUUAAGUAUAUCUGGUUGGAUUUUUAUGUCUUAUGCUUUAUUCGGUCGAUCUGAAGCUUAUCGUGCAAAACCAGAAGAUCAAUUUGGUUCAUCAGAUCCGACAAAUAGAUCAGCUGGUAAUGACUUUUUCUUCGAUUUCGAUUAA